AUGGGAAAAUCAACUAUCCUAGAGUGCUUGGUGAGAUUUUGUGAUGCAGUAGAAAAUCUCUACACAAGGGAGUACCUUCGCAGACCUUCUCCAAGGGACCUCCAAAGGCUUCUACAAAAAGCUGAGACUCGAGGUUUCCAAGGAGUGAUUCGAAGCAUCGAUUGCAUGCAUUGGCAGUGGAAGAAUUGCCCAACAGCUUGGCAAGGAGAUUAUGGGAAUCGAAAGGGCCAAAAAAGUAUAAUUCUGGAGGCCAUAGCUUCAUUCGACACUUGGGUUUGGGAUGCCUUCUUCGGAGUGGCCGGAUCUCAAAAUGACCUCAAUGUGCUUGGUCAAUCCCCAGUGUUUAAUGAUGUAUUGCGAGGUCAUUCUCCCCAGAUCACGUACCAAAUCAACAACACUGUAUACUCUGGUGCGUACUACCUUGCCGACGGAAUUUAUCCUAGGUGGACGACAUUCGUGAAAACAAUUCCGAAUCCUCAAUCCCAUAAGCAAAAAAGCUUUGCUGCCUUUCAAGAAGGUUACAGGAAAGACGUGGAAAUGUGUUUCGGUAUCUUGCAAGCUCGUUGGGCUAUUAUUAGGGGCGCUGCUCGGAUGUAUGAUGAGGAGGAUGAGUAUGAUUAUGAAGCUACAGAGGAGUUUGAACCGGAUCCCAUGAACACGUCAUUGACAAGAAUUUAUGAAAGGCCGAUGGGACCAAAUGGACAUCCAUUGGAGCACGAACCGUUAGUUCGAGAUGGUCGAUUCAACAACCCCAUGAUUGAUCGUUACCAAAAAAUGCAAUCUUCGUAUGUUCACGAGAGGCGUCAAAUUGACUUGAUCAAGCACUUGUGGGAGAUGAAAGACAAUCACAAUGGAUGA